AUGCAUCAGGAAUUUGGGAGAUUGCAAUGGAUUGGUGUUGCAAUCUUUGUUAGCUUAAAUAUUGCAUAUACAAAUCAAACCCCCACCAAACUAGCAGCUCGUGAUGGUCCUCCAGCACCAAGGCCCAAACCUGUAAUGGGGUGGAACUCUUUCUACCCUUCGGGUUGUGGGGCUAACGUAAAUCGUAAGGAUCUGUUGUGGCAUGCAGACAUGCUGGAUCAGAAGGGAUUCAUUAAAGCAGGAUACAAAACGUUUAUAGUUGAAUGUGGAUGGGAAAGAGAUCUGAAGAUAAAGGAGGAUUACAAGGUGGAAUGGAGACCUUGGAAAAAAGCCAACUGGAGCCUACAAUUGCCGGAUAAGCCUGAUACUCUUGCUGCAAAUUUGAACCCAAAAGGACUGGGUCUUGGUCUUGGCACAUGGGGAGGGAAACAAAUAUGCCCCAGGACCAAAGAUGAGGGAUCUGGUGUGAAGCCUUUGAGCUAUCCUGAUGCUUAUGUAACCUAUUUGGUCAAUGUUCGGGGUGCUGCCUAUCUUUCACACAGACCGUUGGGUACAAAUAGCACUGGACAGUGGGGUGCUUCACCAAAAGCCACCAAGACUGAAGUCAACAGUCAGAGAAUAGCAGAUGAUACUGUUGACAGCUGGAAUUCCUUAAUCAGAACAAUCAAUGCACUUUACCCAUAUUCCCUACAGAAUCAAGGUCCAUACAAUGACCUUGGAUGGCUCCAAGUGGGUGAGAAUAAACUAUCAAUGGUUGAGAAGAUCACUCAAUUUUCAUUUUGGGCAGCGGCAAAAUCUCCCCUCAUAUUCUCAAGCGACAUCUCCCGCCUUGGACAAGCUGAAAUUGAUACUUUGAGAAAUCCAGGGGCAAUUGCUAUAAAUCAAGAUGAUCUAGGCCAAACCAUAACCUUAAAACACAGAUAUUCUGCUGAUAUGGAUGUAUGGAGUGGGCCUUUGAAGGAUGGAAACACAGUUGCAGUAAUUAUAAGCUGGUCAAAUGAUGCCACAACCAAAAAUAUCAGGCUUGACGAUUUGGGGUUUUCAUCUGCACACAUAUUUGAUGUAAUGACUGGCAAGGACCUGGGGGUAAUAAAUGAAGUUUAUACCAGCAAAGUUGAGGCGCAUGGAAGCUUGUUCCUCAAGCUAACUGAAACUAAGCCAGCUCCUGAAAAGAAAUUCAUAACCUUCCCAGCUGAACAAGCUGAGAUGAUUGGUUCAGCACAAAUUAGAUCAACCUCCCGUGGAGUUAAAGUGGUAUCAAAUCUCCAGGCUGAUGGGAAAAGUGCAUUGCGCUGGAAUAAUGUUCCUGGAUCAAAAAGUGGUUGGACUCUAGUCAAAUUUGCUUAUAUCAAUGCUGAGCUUUCACCAGGAAAUAUGGAUGAUUCAAAAUUGAACUUCAAGCACACUUCUAUUGUUAUAAAUGGGAACAAUGAAAUUCCAUUUUAUUCUGAUAUGCCUAUCACUGGACUGACUUGGGAUGAUAUGGCUGAAGGAUUUCUUGUGUCACUUCCACUAAAAAGCCCCAAAACAAAAAUUUGA